UGUACAUGCAGCUCGAGCAAAACAAAUACCCGGCACUUAUUCUAUGAUGUAGGCCUAUUCAGUGAUUAGUAUUAAAAUUAGCUCUGCGUGGUUCGGAAGUCAAGCACAUGCCCUAGUCGCAAAUGCUGUGUAAGAGUUGCUCAUUUGCAGUACCUUUUCAUCGAGCAGAGCUGUUGGGGUCAGGGUACCCUCAUGAUAUUUGUAUCGUCCUUCUACGCCUUGUGCGUAUGCUGUAGCCUGCUCUACCUCUACACACGCUCUGCAGCACCAUCUUCAGAUGAUGCUGCAUUCAGGAGAUUUCAGCACAGGUAUUUGGUGGUCUACCUGUUGGCAAUGGCUGCUGAUUGGCUGCAGGGGCCUUACGUCUAUGCACUAUAUGAGCAUUAUGGGAUGACGUCGCACCAGAUAGAGCAGCUCUUUGUGGCUGGCUUUGGAUCCAGCAUGAUCGUCGGCACUGUGGUGGGAUCAUUUGCUGACAAAUAUGGGCGAAGGGCUAACUGCAUCUUGUAUGGGAUCCUCUAUGCCCUGGCUUGCGUCACCAAACACUUCAACAACUUUCACAUUCUCAUGAUUGGUCGAUUGCUCGGGGGAACUGCUACCUCUAUUCUGUACAGUGCCUUUGAAUCAUGGGUAGUCUAUGAACACCAUGCGAGAGCCUUUGAUAAAGAUCUCUUGGGCACCAUAUUCUCCCAUGCCACCCUCGGAAACUCCAUCGUUGCCAUAGCAGCGGGCGUGGUGGCGCAGUUCGUCGCCAUCCGCUUUGGUUUUGUGUCGCCCUUCGAUGUGUCCAUGUUUGUCCUUAUUGCCAUGGUCAUUCUAGUCAUGAUGGUGUGGUCCGAGAACUACGGUGACUCCAAAGCCAGUCUUGGAACGUCCUUCAAAACUGCCUUAUAUUACAUAAAAGCAGAUCGCAAAGUCUUGUGCCUCGGUCUGAUCCAGUCUUUAUUCGAGGGAGCCAUGUACACGUUUGUCUUGGAGUGGACGCCAGCCCUCAGUCAGUCUCAGGUGCAGACGGACCCAGGCAGGCCCAAGGAGGUCAUCCCCCAUGGCUUCAUAUUUGCCGCGUUCAUGGUAGCUAUCAUGAUUGGUUCCUCUGGUUUCAAGAUAGCCGGCCGCUACUUAACCGUGGAAUCUUUCAUGAGGCCUGUCCUGUUGGUCUCAGCAUUAGCACUGUGCGUUCCAGUGAUCAUGCCAUCGAGCCAGUCUGCAAUCUUCAUUGGCUUCUUAGUGUUUGAGUGCUGCGUGGGUAUCUUCUGGCCGUCGCUGGGUACGAUGAGGGGGAGAUAUGUGCCCGAGGAAGCCCGAUCGACCAUCAUGAAUUUCUUUCGGAUUCCCUUGAAUUUGAUAGUCAUUUUUAUCCUUCUUCAGAAUUUAGGUAUGAUUACUAUCUUCAAAUUCUGUGUAGUGCUGUUGUUGCUGGCGACAUGUAUGCAGUGGUGGCUUUAUCGUCUGUCGUUGGUCACCCCAGUGGUGGACAUCGAGAAGGGCAUAUCCACGUCUCCGGGUCCCACCAGACCGUCACAGGAGAGGGCCGUCGGGAAUGGGCUCGGUAUCCUUGAUGAUCAGCCCGAAGUCAUCGAUGUGUGAUGAGCAGUUGGACACUCGUAACUGGUCUCUGUGCUGACUAAAGGUGGCACUGUGUAACCUGACUGGCGUCGAAAGGCAAAUGGAUAGUCAGUGUACCUUGACAUUAACUUUGUUCAGGAUGACAAGGCGAAUUCAGGACUGGUUGGUUUUUUUUUUAUUUCAAUGAUGUGAGGUACGUGUAUGCUGGCUGCUUGUCCCCCAUAAUAUUCUAGACCACAGAAGGAGGGGGUCUGGGACCAGCCUAGGGAGGAAAAGCUCUCAUCUUAUUGGUCCACAUGUUAGGAUGUCACUCUUGAAGGAUACCGAGUGGCUGCCUAUCAGCUUGUCUUUAGAUAGCUGUGAUAUCAUCAUCUGUUUUUACUCUCUCAUAUUGAAAAAAAGUACAAAUUCUUAUGCAGUUUCAAAAUUUCCUAGGGACUGUUGAUGCCAGAUUUGCCAAUACCCAGUAACAGGAAUUCGUAUAUUGAUUAUCCCUCACGUACAAAAUGCUCACAACAAUGUUUUGAGUACACCCUGAUGUCCUUUCAUUAUUUUUUAUAUCAUCCCUCAGUAUUGAAAUUUUCGAAGUUUCAAUAUGUCCAGAGAUUUAUAUCAGCAACAUCAAAGUAACACCAAAAUAUGGAGUAAUAUUGAAAUAAGAAUGGAGCCUAGAAAUUCCUUGCAUUUCCUGAUUUUCCAGUUUUACAUCUUACAUUGUCAGCAAAUUUUUUGCCUAUAAUCUCAGCUCAGGGAAUGCAUGGGUUUGUGGACCUCUGCUAUGUACAUGUAUUCAUUCAACUUUCCAACACCUCACUUUUUUAUUUUCAUGCAUUUUGUACACUUUCCUAUCCAUACCCUAACUUUCACUGUAAAACAGCUUCUUCUGUAAUAUACCAUAAAUACUAACAUUAUUCAAAAGAAAAAACCACUGGGAUAACUUUAAAUCGUUAAGAGGCACAGUGUGAAAUUCUUUACAUGUUCUUGAUACUAACAUCGUAGUAAGUGCCGUUUUUUUUUUAUUUAUUUCACCGAGUCUUCAGUGUCUUGCCUUGCGGCCAUUUUGACCCAGCUUGUUAAAACCGAUAGGUGAACAAAAGAUAUCUUCUGUUUGUUGUUGACAUCUGCUUGAAUCACUCUGUCCGAUGCACAUGAGGGCAUGAUCUGUGAAUUACUAAAAAAACCAAACAACAAAUCAGAUGCCCAUUUGAAUUGAAAUUUUCCACGGGUACUUUCAUUCAUUGUCUCUUUAAAGGGCUAUCAGCCCAUACUAUCCAAAGCAAUGAAUUCUUUUGUGUUGUUCAUUGAUGGUUGCCAUUUUUCAAGUAAAAUCAUGGAAGCUCUUUACCAAAAAAUAAAUCUUUAAACAUUCAUACAAUUUCAAUUUCUUUUCAUGCUCUCUCUAAACUGUGCCAAUGUGCCGUGAGGUUUAUUUCGACUUCUUUGUUUCCUUUGACAUUGAGAGAGUGUAAAGGAUUUUUCGUCAAGGUGUGUGAUGGAUUUGAGUCACAGUAACUAAAUCAAGGGAACCCUCUCCAAAAGGGGGGGGGAUAUUUCUGCAUGUACAAUACAUGUAUACAUUAUCACUUUAUAUAAAAACUUUAUUUCAUGUACGCCUGGCAAAACGUAAAGGUUGUUUGGGUGACCAAAGUUUUGGGAAAUCAACAUUUAGAUUUUAAUGGAAAAAAAUAAGAAUAGAUUGUUCAUGAUGAGGUGUUUUCCUCGUCCCAAUUAUUGUCACCAUUUUAGUGCAAUGUUGUCCUCGGUGAUUUUAUUGCGGAGGUGGAAGUUGGUGUAGGGUUGAGGAGAAUUCAGAGUAUAACGAAUGUGCCAAUUACAUGUACAUAUAGCAUUGAUCACAGAGUAUACAGUAAAUUUUGAUUGGUUUUAUUUUUGUGAGAGGCCGGGUCAAGUCGUUCUGACUGCCCGCUCAGUGUCACUAGUUUGUUUCUUUACCGAUAGCCAUGAACGCAGAAAAGUUUGUUGACAGACGUUUCACGACAUGAUUGCGUCUCAGUGGCUUCACGAACUGCAGUGGAUCCAUAGGGGGCACACCCAUUUACCCCCUUUUUUUUAGGGAGACUCCUGAUCAUUUUCCCCAAUUUUCUCUGUUGCUGUCGGCUGGUAUAGUCUGAGGACAGUAGUUACCACCCAAAUGCCCUAUUUUUCAAGUUUGAUGGCAUCUCCAAUGGGGCCCCGUUUUGUAUAGAUACUAGAAACACAUGCCAUUCCCCUGGAUCCACGUCCAACAAAAUUGCAUAGCAGUGCGGUGAGCACUAAGUUCAUGCAUGAUGCACCGUCGCGAAAUUCUGUCUACAAGCUCAUAAUUUAGUUUAGGUUGUAGUUGGUCAAGUUUCUUUUUGAGGUAAUUGAAUUGUUACACGGUUAUUUAUAAUUUUGUCUUCUGAUUUUCCGUGAUAUUAUUGUGGAUGGAUCUGUAAACUUUUUUGUUCCUCACUAGAAGUCUUUUGCUCGAGAAGGAUGAUCGGGAGGCUGGUUGAAAGCUGAUUGAGCUAGGAGGAUAAGGGCUGUCUUUCCAUUUUCAAAGAUUUCCAUUUCAUUCGAUUCUUCAGUCUCCAGCCAAUUCCAAGUGGGGGAGGGGAGAGGGGCUUUCCCCUCGGACUAAUUUUCUUUUUGAUUUUAUCGAUCAAAGAAAAGUCAUUGAGGGCAGUCUCAUUUCUGUUCCAUUCCAACACACGUAAAAAGCCCAACAGUUAACUUUCCCCUCCGAAAGAUCAUACAAUAUUACUUAAAAAAUGCUAAAAAUUUCCCCCUCUAGCCGGACCCCCCCCCCACUUUCUGGAUCCAUAGCAGCCUCCAUAAAGUUUGAUUGGCAAAAAGUCAAGGGACUGGUUUUUGAUUAAUGAAUAACUGGAUUCAUAAACAGUGUUUUCCAUUUUGCAAGUCAUAUAGAAUAUAUAUGAUUUUCCAAUAGCAAUAAACAUUGUCUUAAAAUCGCCCCAGCAGUAAGAACUCCACUGGGUAAAACAUUCCAAGUCUUGGUGUCAAAUGCAAACUCAGCUCAACUCAAUUGAUGUUUUUUUGUUUACUUUCUGAGAUAUUAAAAUUGAAACUAUCAAACGUAAGCAGUUCCUAGUUGCAUUUUUGUCUGUCUCGCCGCAACACAGCAGCGUGUGUUUAUAGGUAGCACAGAUGGUUUACCUCGUGUACAGAGUUCUAUUAUAAAGAAAGGAAUAGUGCACAUGAUGGAUUCUGGUUAUCCAGAAAUAAUAGUUUAUAUUUUAAAUGAAGUCUUAAUAGAGGUCUGUUUGUGAAUAAACACCAUACUAACAAUUGAAGUG